AUGCGUGCUGCAUUUGUCCUUUCCUUCCUCCUGGCUAGCGGUACGGCCUUGCCAACAGCGCUUUCAGACGAAAAGAGAGCCGUCGCUGCCCAAGAUGUCAAUCUACUGGAGGCCCGGGAUCUCCUCAAUCGCAAUGAUCUUGAGAAUGGUGAUUCUUCUAACUGUCCCUCAGCAAUUCUGAUCUAUGCGCGUGGUAGUACGGAACCUGGCAACCUUGGAAUCACCGUUGGUCCAAUCCUCGUUGAGGCCAUGCAGCUCGCUAUCCCUGAUAUCUGGAUACAAGGUGUUGGUGGGCCGUAUACGGCUGAUCUUGCACCAAACUUCCUUCCUGAGGGGACCACAGAUGCCUCCAUCGAUGAGGCUAAGAGACUGUUCCAAAUGGCCUACGACAAGUGUCCAGAAACGGCCGUCGUGACAGCUGGAUAUAGUCAAGGGACGGUUGUUGUCGGAUAUGCACUAAGCGAGCUCGAUGGCGCGGUCCAGAAUCAGGUUGUUGGAGCGGCCUUGUUUGGAUAUACCAAGAACGAGCAGCUCGGUGGCCGUAUCCCGAAUUAUCCUACUGACAGAACCAAGAUCUUCUGCCUGCCCACGGAUCUAGUUUGCGACGGGACCUUGUUUAUUCUUCCUGCUCACUUUCUAUACGGCGCUGAUGCGGCGGGCCCAGGUGCAGACUUUCUCAUUGGACAGGUUGAGGAGGGGCUGUAA